CUUUCUCUUUUCCAGGGCACAAACGGAAUGUCUGUGGAUGAGAAGACUGAAUCCCCCAUGUACGUGUAUGAGUCGACAGUUCAUUGUACCAAUGUCCUCUUGUGCCUCAACGACCAGCGGAAGCAGGAUAUCCUCUGUGAUGUGACUGUCAUUGUGGAAGGGAAAGAGUUUCGAGCACACCGGGCAGUGCUUGCAGCAUGCAGUGAAUACUUUCUACAGAUCCUGGUUGGGCAGGCUGAACAUGAGUUGGAUAUCAGCCUACCAGACGAGGUCACUGCUAGAGGGUUUGGCCCAUUACUGCAGUUUGCUUACACUGCUAAGCUGCUGCUCAGCAAAGAAAACAUCCAAGAGGUGGUUCGCUGUGCAGAAUUCCUCCGGAUCCACAAUCUGGAGGAUUCCUGCUUUCGUUUCCUUGAGGAUCAGCUCCUCAGCAGUGAAAAUGGUCCACUGCCUUGUCCAAAACAAACAUCCAGCCGUGUCUGUCAGAAUGAAGUUUCUGAAGAGGAAGAUGAGGAGGAGGAGGAGGAGGAGGAGGAUGAAAGCAUGGAGUCAGAAGAGUGCAGCAAAUCCUGCCCCAGAGAAAGGUUGCGAUCUGAAACCUUUGCACUCGAAUCACCUAAAAAGGUGACUGAAAAUGAGCAAAACGCAAUGUCAGACUCUGAUGUUUUCACAGACAGCAGGGAGGACUUAGAUAAAGAUGUAUUUGAGGCUACACAGCGCCCCAAAUACAGGAAAUACCAGCAGGCCUGCACAAAGAAUGUCUUCAGCCCAUCACACACCAGUAACUCAGGUUUUCCAAGCACAUUCUCAUCUGAAAGUCCCAAUAGUGCGCUCAGCAUGGAACUUGCACCAAGACAGAUAAAAACUGAACCUCAAACAGAAGAAGCUGAAGAAGAGGCUGUUAAACUCUGCCUGUCUGGGGAUGAGUCUGAGGUUAAGGACAUUGACAUUGAGAAGAAAAUGUUCAAUGCCAUGUGCACGAGCAGGCCAAAAAACAACAACACAGCCCCUUCUUGCUUAAGGUCUUUUCUCAAUAAUGCUAAAGCUGUGGAGUUGGUUGGGUUUCCUAGUACAUCCCAGUCGCUGUUCACCAGCAGUCCAGGAUGCCCGUUAAAAGGAGUAACUCAGGGUGACCACAAAACUGACUACAGGCAUUAUGCGGGUAAAUAUGGACUGCCCAGUAUGUCUCAGAAGGACACUGCUAAUUUUUCCAUAGGAUCACCAGUAAAGGGGCCUGGGUGUGAAAGUAUUUGCAAGUUGGAAGCAGAAAUAGACAGGAGGAGUGUCAUCUUUUCUUCAAGCACUUGUGACCAAAUGAGCACUCCAACACACUCAUAUCCUGGUGGUGGCUCCACGGAUAAAGAACUUUCUGACCACGUGCCAAAGGGUCUGUGGGGUGCUGUUAGCCAGCCCCUUCCAUGUUCACAAAGCUAUUCCCAUGGUGGACUGGCAGCAGAUUCUUUGUCAGGAAGGAUGCGGCCCAACACCAGCUGCCCAGUACCUAUUAAAAUCUGCCCUCGGUCUCCUCCAUUGGAAACCAGGACACGGACUUCUAGUUCUUGUUCUUCUUACUCCUACGCUGAGGAUGGAAGUGUUGGCUCACCAUGCAGUUUGCCUCUCUGCGAGUUUUCUACCUCCCCCUGCUCACAGGGAACUCGAUUCCUUGCUGUGGAACCCCCGGACCCAAAUAUUAUGGGGGAUAGGGUAUACACUCAGAGCCGACAGAAAAUUAAAUGUGAACAGUCCAACUCCAGUGAUGAAUCAGGAUCAUUUUCAGAAGCAGAUAGUGAGUCAUGCCCUGUACAGGACCGAGGACAUGAGAUAAAACUUCCCUUUCCCGUCGAUCAAAUCACAGAUCUUCCAAGGAAUGACUUCCAGAUGAUGGUAAAGAUGCACAAGCUAACCUCUGAACAGCUCGAGUUCAUCCAUGAUGUCCGCCGCCGCAGUAAGAAUCGGAUCGCAGCCCAGCGUUGUCGCAAAAGAAAGCUCGACUGCAUUCAGAACUUAGAGUGCGAAAUUCGCAAACUGGUAUGUGAGAAAGACAAGUUGUUGACAGAAAGGAAUCAUCUGAAGGCCUGCAUGGGUGAAUUACUGGAGAACUUCUCAUGCCUUUCCCAAGAAGUAUGCAGAGACAUACAGAGUCCAGAACAGAUCCAGGCCCUCCAUAGAUACUGCCCAGUCCUUAGGCCUGUGGAUCAGCCCACCACUCCUAUCAUCAGCCCUUCCCUUUCUGCAUUAGAACAGAACCUAAGGACCCAGCGUGCUGCAGAAAACCUUCAGUGCUGCUCAGAGCAAGGCCCAGUUCAACUGGGGACUCAGUGGUUACCUAACAAUGGUUCAGAAAACUGCACUGCUGGCCGGCAGGAUGCACUAGAUAGAGGGGUUUUAUCUGAACAAUGCAACCAGACGGUUACAGUGGACUUCUGCCAGGAAAUGACUGACAAGUGUACAACGGAUGAACAACCGAGAAAAGAUUACACCUAGUGGUUACCUUUUCCUUGGUCACCUGUUUCUUCUACGUGGACAGCUGUUUUUCAGUCAGCGAUGGCCAUGUUCAUUUGUUGUCUAGAAGAGCGUUUUUGGUGCACACUACAAUGGUCUUAGCAGCAAUACUGUUUCUCAGUAUUUUUCUGUUCUCAACAAGCAGGAUUUAUCCUUACAAUGGUGCUAUGCCUUGCCAAGGCAAGGAACUAUGCAGUGGUAACACUGUACUUUGUACGGUAAUUUCAUUCUUAACAGGGAUGAACAGAUAACAUCUCAGAUGUAACCUCUGAGGACCCAACUGCAGCUUUUCUCAGUGGCCAUGUCACAACCCAAACUCAGGAAGUUUCUCUGAAUGUUCGCUAUUAUUCAUCAAAGACCGUUUAUAUACACACAAUGAUAUUUUUUAUUGCUUGACUGUGUGUUUGUGUGUAUGCGUGUAUAUAAAUCCAUAUGCAAAGGUCCCUGUGCUCUUUAUAUUGUCAUUACCUGAACUUGCAACCCUUUAAUUGUAUCACACAGGUGAGUUCUGACAUUCCUCUCAAUGCAACGCUGAUGGUACUAGGAUUAGCAUCAGUAACCUGUUACACAGUUGGGUUCCCAUCCUUCAGUCGCCCAGCCAUAUUCAUUAAAUUGUAACAUUUCAGUGCUGGAAGUGAAGCUUCAAAAAGCUGUUGCAUAGACAGUAUUUGGCAUAGCGUCAAAUGGUGCCAUUUUGAGCAGAUUGGGUUUUAUUAUGCAAAUUACGUCUAGCACAUGGUCAAAACCAUCACCACUUGCAUGGCAGCAGGGCAGGGUGCUUCUAUCAGAGAGAACAAUUUCCUUCCCAUAUGGUGCUGCAUUCUCUCUGAUCUAAAAUGUUAUGCUUUUAGUGAACACAAGACUGUUGUGCUAAGGGCACAAAAAUUGUAGGAAGAAAAGAAAGUGAUCUUGCCAAAGUGUUUAUGUUUACAAUAGAAAAUGUGUCUGUAUUUUAAUUUGUAAUUGAUAUGUGUUUUCAUGUUGGCAAGACAAACUUUAUUUAUGACACAUGCCCUGUUAUUAUUUUUUUUAUUUGGACUUGCACCAGUGUAUAAGCAGUACAAACAAAUAAAAAAAAAAUAAUAAACAGCAUACACUGCCAGAAGUAAGGCAAACAGCAGGUAAAUUUUUAGGAGAUUUUCUAAUCUUUAUCUUGGGUAUUCUUGUGUUCUGGGACAUGCUAAGUAAUGUUUGAGUUUACUGGUUGACAGAUGUCAGUCGUGUGCAAAAUCUAGCUUGGUAGUACCAAGAGUGGGUUUUAGUGUUACUUCUGGGCACAUGCAUGAUCCUCAGCAGUGAAAUGCUAUCAAGAGCUGUACUGUUCGGGCUUUAGUGUACCACGUCUCUGUAACUGUAAUGUUCCUGCAUUCUAGAGGAUUGCAAUAAAACAUGCUGACCUAGUCCUAGGUUUAAAACAUAAUGACUAGAGUGCUACUGCAGUUAGUAUGGCACAGUAUGUCUAGGAAUGUACACAAGAUGCCAGUCUCACUCUGAGGCUGACUGUUGUGUUUCCGAAGAAUUUACAGGAGUAGAGGGCUUCCAUUGCUGCACGCUCUAUUUUACUGUUGCUUCCACUUAUUUUUCCCUGAUAAACAGAUCUUUGUUCUUCAACUUUGGGCUUGGCUUUUGAAGGCAUUGACAAUGCUAGGCUUCACCUUUUUUCAUGCUUCUUGCAAGCCAUCUGCAAACUGUGUUGAAUGACAUGAAAAUGCUUGUCUUAUCUGUUAAGAAACAAGUUCUGCAGUGUCACUGAUUUCUUCUGGUGUGUGUCUUCAAUAAUCCCAUUUACUGAUUUGAUGUCCAAUAUCUGCUUAAGAAAUGGAAACUAAUCUUGAGUAGGAUGAAAGGCCAUUGCAGGGCACACACACACACACACACACACACACACACACACACACACACACACACACACACACUUGCUCACAUGUGGCACACAUACGUGGACAGUUUUGGAGAAUCACCAAAUCAUCUACAUCACAUCUUGUAAUGCGAGUGAACACAUAGCAGCUUAUAUGAACCCAUGUGGACACAGGUAAGGUGGCAAACUCCACACACAAGGCUCCCCAGGUGAAAAGCACACUGAGGAACCAAGAAGUGAGAGCCUGCGUUGCUCACUGCUGUACCACUUGUUGUCUUCAUUUGUUGGACUGAAAUUCUCAUUAGUAGAAAUCCUAAGGAAAGUAAGCAUGUCAUCUUCUGGAUAUUAGAAAGUUAUUGUGAUGGAAGCCUUCAUCUUAUCCAACCCAAAGGAAAAAAAUAUGUGUGUGUGUGUGUGUGUGUGUGUGUGUGUGUGUGUGUGUGUGUACGUAUACAUAUUUUUUCCCCCUUUGGUUCCCAUUCAUCCACUGUUCAUCUAGCCCUUUUUUGGCUAUAACUACCCGUAGAAGCCUCUCUCUUUAUGAGCUUAGUGUUGUUUGUUAGGUUCCUGGUCUCUGUAUAUAAACAGUGUGCUUCUCCGUAACUGUGUUUGUCAGACAAAAGCCUUUCUCACUUCUUUCACCCCACUCAGCUGGCAGUCUGUUGUCUGUGAUAUUUGUUGACCUCUGGACACCAACAUGAAGGUGGAUAUGCUACAUGUAAUCAGAAGGUAAGCUUAUCCAAAAGUUAAUUCUUCUUCCAUCUAAAGAACCUUUAUCAGAAAAAAAUUGCCAUAUCUUUUUAACACUACCACAUUUAGAUCUUUGCAUCUGUAUCAUACACUGAUGUCUGUUAAGCAGAAAUUGUGCACCAGCAACAUGUUUGUAUGACAAGUCAGGUGGGACUUUCUAUCAUGUGGAAGAAUCUCCCUGCACCUCUGUCUGCAAUCACCCAGGCAGUUCUGUAAGAGCCAGGAUAACCUUGACUUCUACCCUUUAAUGACCACAGAUGGCAUCGCUGCCAUAUGUGUCCCAACAACUCAGUAAUGGUGUUAUGGGACACACGCUGUCAGUUGUAGGCCAUCAAACUAACUUAUAUGUAAGUGAAUUUAAGUAGUAAUUUAUUAUACUUUGCAGGACAACAGAUCAGUAAACUGACUACAGAAGCACAGGCAGGAAAGGAAAUGCCCUGGGGCAGGGGUGCUUGGUUACAGGCACCUGCACUGGGACAUUCAGCAAAAUUUUUCAAUAAAUGUUGCACAUUUCAGGAACAGUUCAGCAGCUCAUUCAGUACUUAGAAAUCCAUUUAUAUAUGGAGGGGCCUUUGGCCCCUGCAACAAAAACUGCUUUGUGUUUUUCAGGAACUGUAAUCAAAG